AUGAAAGCAAUCAUACGAAAUUAUGUCACUCAUCCAGAUAUUGAUAUUAGAAAGCAUUCAGCCUUGACAAUUUCUGAAAUUUGUUACCAUGUUGAACACGAUGCACUUCUUGCCCUUGUACAAGAAUUGUUGCCAUCACUGGCCAAUCCAACCAAUGUAGCGUCAAGACGAGGAGCUGCUUUAACUAUCUAUGCCUUCCUUUCUCGGCUUGAAAUGAAAUCGCUUCCAGCCGUUGCAUUCUUAGCCGUUCCUUUACUAAAAAGAAUGAGUGACCAAGAUGAUGUAACAAGAGAGAUUGCUUCCAACUGUUUCGGAACUGUAAUCAAAUUAUUGCCUCUUGAAAAAUCAUCAACUUCACUCAAAGGCCUAGAGAAACAACUUGAAGAGGAACACAAAUUUAUUGACCAACUCUUGGACAAUACCAAAGUUGAACCGUUCGACAUUCCAAUCAAGAUUAAUGCAGAACUUAGACAAUAUCAAAAAGAUGGAGUUUCAUGGCUGGCCUUCUUGAACAAAUACAAUUUACAUGGCAUUCUUUGUGACGAUAUGGGCCUUGGAAAGACUUUACAAACCAUAUGUAUGAUUAACAGCGAUAUUCAUAUGAGAAAGAUUCAAUAUCAGCAAACGAGAAAUCCUGAAUUUGUUCAUUUACCUUCAUUGGUGGUUUGUCCUCCAACCUUGUUGGGUCAUUGGGGCCAUGAAAUUAACAAAUUUUGUCCAGAUCUCACCUCACUACAAUAUAUUGGCUCUGUUUCGCAAAGAAGAGCUUGGAGAGCUGAAUUUCACAAGUAUGACAUUGUCAUUCUUUCGUAUGAUGUGUUGAGAAAUGAUAUUAAGGAAAUUGUUGCUGCACAAAACAAUUGGAAUUAUUGCAUUUUAGACGAAGGACAUAUUAUCAAAAACAAAAAGACUCAAAUUACCAAAGCUGUCAAACAAAUCAAAGCCAACCAUAGACUCAUCUUAUCUGGUACUCCAAUUCAAAACAAUGUGUUAGAAUUAUGGUCACUAUUCGACUUUUUAAUGCCUGGAUUUCUUGGUACUGAGAAGGACUUUAAUGCAAAAUACAGUAAACCCAUUCAAUCAAGUAGAGAUGCAAAGGCAAACUCAAAAGAACAAGCUGCAGGAACACUUGCCUUACAAAGUUUACACAGACAAGUUUUACCAUUUCUCUUGAGAAGAGUGAAAGAGGAUGUAUUGCAUGAUCUUCCAGAGAAAAUUAUUCAGGACUAUUAUUGUGAACUUUCACCAAUUCAAUCCAAAAUGUAUGAAUAUUUUGCAAAGAAGGAAAAGUCAAAGGUGUCUCAAGAGUUACAAGGACAACAAGAGGAAAAGAAGCCAAAAGACAUUUCUGAAAAUUCUCAUGUUUUCAAAGCACUCAAAUAUUUGAGAAAGCUUUGUAACCAUCCGUGCUUGGUUUUAGAGCCAGAUCAUCCCAUGUAUCAAUCCGUGACACAAGAAAUUAAGCAGCAAGGGAUGGAAUUGACAGAUGUGAAUUUAUCACCCAAGUUACUUUCUUUGAAACAGCUGUUAAAUGAUUGCGGAAUUGGACUUUCUGAAGGAAGCACGAGUGCAUUAGAGUCAGGAAGUAUGAAUCAACACAGAGUGUUAAUUUUCUGUCAAAUGAAACAAAUGUUGGACAUUAUUCAGAAUGAGCUAUUUGCCAAGUACAUGCCAUCGGUCACUUAUAUGAGGUUGGAUGGAGAUGUGGAGACCUUGAAACGUCAUGAAAUUGUUCAAAAAUUCAACAGCGAUCCAACCAUUGAUGUACUCUUGUUGACAACGAAAAUUGGAGGUCUUGGACUCAAUCUCACUGGAGCAGACACUGUGAUUUUUGUAGAACACGAUUGGAACCCAAGUAAUGAUUUACAAGCUAUGGAUAGAGCUCACAGAAUUGGCCAAAAAAAGGUUGUGAAUGUUUACAGACUCAUUACAAAGAACACCCUCGAAGAAAAGAUAAUGGGCUUACAAAAGUUCAAACUGAACAUUUCCAAGAGUGUGAUCAACUCUGAAAACAGCAGUCUAGCUUCGAUGGACACUGAACAAUUAGUGGAUUUAUUCAAUUUUUCUGGAAGCGGAGACGUGUCAUCUUCUGGUACACAAUUAGAAAAGCCAACGAAAAAGUCUGGUUUGGGUCAAGUCUUGGAGAAUAUGGAAGAAUACGACCAAGAACAACAGUAUCAAGGUUUCAAUCUUGACAGCUUUGUGAGUUCUGUUUCGAAAUAA